GUCACGGCGGCGCGAGGCAGCUCGCGCCCCGCCUACCUGCGGGAGGAGCCCGUAUCCGCACAGCCUGCGCUGCCCGGUCCUAUUCGAGGCGAGCUCAGAAGCAGCUCUGGGAAGAGUUGUGUUCAUCCUCAGGUGCUUCCUAGUUAAUCGUUGGAGCCUGCAAGCAACAUGCCGGAGCAGAGCAAUGAUUACCGGGUGGCCGUGUUCGGCGCAGGUGGUGUUGGCAAGAGCUCUCUCGUCUUGAGGUUUGUGAAAGGCACGUUUCGGGAGAGCUACAUCCCCACCGUGGAAGACACGUACAGGCAGGUCAUCAGCUGUGACAAGAGCAUCUGCACCCUGCAGAUCACGGACACCACGGGCAGUCACCAGUUCCCGGCCAUGCAGCGGCUAUCCAUCUCCAAAGGGCACGCCUUCAUCCUGGUCUACUCCAUCACCAGCCGGCAGUCUCUGGAGGAGCUCAAGCCCAUCUAUGAACAGAUCUGCGAGAUCAAAGGGGACGUGGAGAGCAUCCCCAUCAUGCUGGUGGGGAACAAGUGUGACGAGAGCCCGAACCGCGAAGUGGAGAGCAGCGAGGCCGAGGUGCUGGCCCGCAAGUGGAAGUGCGCCUUCAUGGAGACCUCGGCCAAGCUCAACCUCAAUGUGAAGGAGCUCUUCCAGGAGCUGCUCAACCUGGAGAAGCGCAGGACCGUGAGCCUCCAAAUCGACGGGAAAAAGAGCAAGCAGCAGAAAAGGAAAGAGAAGCUCAAGGGAAAGUGCGUGGUGAUGUGAACUGCCCUCCCGUGGGAGCAACGGUUGUGUUUCCCCUCUCCGCCCCUCCCCGUCCCACGUGACACCCCCCGUCGUCAGGGUAGCAUGUCAGACGCCCACGUGUUAAAUAGUGCAUUUUGACUGAGACGUGCCCAACUGUCCUCAGAGGGCAUUUCACACCACCACCGAUAAGCACCCCCUCUCCAGAAUCAGGGAAUCUGACGGAUGCUUAAAAUGAAAACCAACACGCUCGGCAUCGCAGGGAACCCAAAGGGACAUCAGCCAUUUCUGGAGGCAUCCUUGGCCCUCAGGAGGCAGGAAGGCUCCUGUCUGCCGAAGGAGAGUGUGCUCUGCUGACAGCAGGAGGUACCAUCUGGAUACACGUGAGAGCACAUUAACCCAGAGCUGCAGCCACCACCCCCCAGACCAGGCGUCCCCUCUGCUCCGAAGCCUGUGACAUCCCUGGGGGAUGGGACGGGCAGGAGGAGGCGAGAAGACCAGGCCAAAGUUGUUCCCUUCUAUGGUUCUUUAACUGAAUUCAAAAUAAUACAGCUGACCUGUGAGCCUUGCCACUCUGAGGGGAUGUCCUCACUAACCUAGUUAUUAGCAGGUAUCAUUUCAACCUUUUAGAGUAUUUCUUUUCACAUACAAUGGUGAAUUCACUAAGAAUGUGCCACUGUCAGAAAUUCUUCAAUUUCCAUUUGAAACGUUUGUGUGAGGAUAUUGUGACAACUGAAACAUCACAAUAAUACUUUUGUGUGUGAUAUUUUGAGAGUUUUAGAAAUGAGAAGUUUCCUUCCUUUGACCCAUGAGGGGUAUAACUCUUCCAGCCCUUAGAUUUUAAAUAAAACCAAUCAAAGUAGCUAUUUUUUAGACAUUUUUUGUCCUCCAACAUGAUCUUUUUUUCAAUAACUUGCUCUAUCUCCAACUGAGUAACAGACAAUAAAGGCCCUCUGAAGACCAGAAGCACAUUCAUUUUCUAACAGACAGGGACACGUUUGUGCCAUACUUUGCACCUUAUUGAAACACUUUGAGACAGAAGUUGUUCACCGUGUUUUUGAUGAUUAUCUCUAACAAGUAUAUUCCUGGAAAAUGAGUUCAAGUAAUCGAUUAUGGUGCAUGUUCCUUUAGAAAUUGUCUUCUAAGAGCUGGCCAAUGCUGGGUUCACUCGAAACAAUCUCAUCUGCAUCCUUACACCACUGCUGGUUGCUGCAUGCUGGCUGGAGACAGGUCGGGCAGGCCUCUGUCACUGGCAGGGCACAGCCUACUCAGCUAAUUCUUCUGCUGGCAUCUUCAAGCAUUCUUCAAGGCUGCUUUGGAGCUGCUUCCUGGAAAUUCCCACUGACAGAGCCUGUAAGUGUUCCUCUUGGUUCCAGUCUGCAUCCCACUCUGGCUUCCUCUGCAAUGUUCCCUUGCAGAACACCUUCCUGUCGCCUGCCUGGCAGGCAGAGUGAGUGCUGCCCUCAGGCUUGUGCAGGGAUGCUUCCAGUCUGCUGGGCAGCGGUGUUAGCUGGUACUGAGUGGUCAAAUUCAGGACCUUUAUGGAUGCCACUCUCUCCUGCACUUUCUGUUUUUCCUGCCCCUCCUGCUGUGGCCACUUCUGGGCAGCUCUGUGCUCUCAACAGAUCCUAAAUUCCCCCUUUUGGUUUAAUUUUUUUGCCUUCCUCUCAUCCCCUCUGCUCUGCUAAUAACUCAUCUUUGUGAUGUAUUUAGUUUGUAGGAGGCACUUUGCAAGCCAUUGGCUCCAUGGUCUGCCCACCACUCUGGCCUCCUAGAAUACAACUUGGGCAGGGAGGGUAGAGAUGGCUGGCCUGGCUGCCAGUGGGGAUCAGGGAAACCCAGAACUCCUGGUCCAGAACCAAGUCCCUCUCCAAGUCCUAACAGCCAUACCUUCUGCUGGGCUCCUGUUCCACGUGACUGUUUCACAACCUUCACAGUGAGAUCUCAUUGUUGAAUUUUCUAGAACAUUUGCUUUUCAACUUGUCCGCCUC